AUGCGCGGCGCCGCCGCGUUCCUGCGCGGAUUCCUCGACUCCGCGCUGCCGCUGCUCGCCCUGCUCGCGCUUCUCUCCGCGCUCCUCCGCUUCCUUCCCCCCCGCCCCUACGAGGAGGUGGGGCGGUGGGAGGAGGCACAGGAGCAGAGCGUCGAUGCCACCACCACCAUGCUGCUCGCCGCGCUUCGACGACUCAAGUCAUCUCCCGCACUCACCCCAUCCCUCCCCAUCCUAACUCCCUUUCCCCUCCCCCUUCCUAAUGUGCAUCCGUCAAAUUUUCCCCCUAUGCACUUUGUGUUGCCCUCACCUCUCCAAACAGCGGAGCCACAGAGGCAGCGCCUGGAGAGGGGCCUGCCGGGCUCCACGGCCUCCCAAGCCGCUGCAGCCCGCGCCACUCUCUUCCGCGGCCUCGACGCCGCCUCCGCGCCAGCGCCGCCGCGGCCUCCCCAGCCGCUGCCGCCCGCGCUCUUCCCCUCCACGGCCUCGACGCCGCCUCCGCGCCUCCCCGCGGCCUCACCAGCCGCCGCCCGCGCCACUCCGUGGCCUCGACGCCGCCUCCGCGCCAGCGCCGCCGUGGCCUCGCCAGCCGCCGCUGCCCGCGCCCUCCCCCUCCGCGGCCUCGACGCCGCCUCCGCGCCUCGCCGCGGCCUCGCCAGCCGCCGCCCGCGCCACUCCGCGGCCUCGACGCCGCCUCCGCGCCAGCGCCGCCGCGGCCACGCCAGCCGCCGCCGCCCGCGCCCUUCCCCUCCGCGGCCUCGCCAGCCGCCGCCGCCCGCGCCCUUCCCCUCCGCGGCCUCAACGCCGCCUCCGCGCCUCGCUGCGGCCUCGCCAGCCGCCGCCCGCGCCACUCCGCGGCCUCGCCGCCGCCUCCGCGCCAGCGCCGCCGCGGCCUCGCCAGCCGCCGCCGCCCGCGCCCUUCCCCUCCGCGGCCUCGACGCCGCCUCCGUGCCUCGCCGCGGCCUCGCCAGCCGCCACCCGCGCCACUCCGCGGCCUCACCGCCCCGCCACCGCCCGCGCCCUUCUUCUCCGCGGCCUCGACGCCGCCUCCGCGCCUCGUCGCGGCCUCGCCAGCCGCCGCCCGCGCCACUCCGCGGCCUCGCCGCCGCCUCCGCGCCAGCGCUGCCGCGGCCUCGCCAGCCGUCGCUGCCAGCGCCCUCCCCCUCCGCGGCCUCGACGCCGCCUCCGCGCCAGCGUCCCGCGGCCUUAACAGCCGCUGCCGCCCGCGCCCUUCCCCUACGCGGCCUCGUCGCCACCUCUCCUCACGCCCCUCCGGGACCACUGCGGGUCCACCCGCGGCCGUCCAUCAUGGCUCACGCCACACCCUCCCCCCUCCCUCCUCCUAUUGAUACCUCCUCUAUCGAUAAGCUGCAACUCGCCGCGGACAAAUCCGCCGUCAACUGGCACUCCUUCAUCGGCAGCAUUCGUCGAGUUCUCUCCGAUACAUGGGUUCCCCCCUACCGCGUCCUUGACGUCAUCCUCCGCCGUCCCCAUGCUCUCCCCCCCACCGCUCCUGACCACCUCGGCGAGACCCCUCCUCUCCCUCCCUCUCCUGGCGAUCCUCCUCGUGAACCCGACCUCCAACUCUCCGUCGACCAAGCCACCGCUGAUGCAGACUUCAUCUUACGACGCCGUGCAUACCUUAUCCGCAAAGCUGAGUACGAUGCAGCAGUUGAAGCCUAUGACCAGGCAGUUGCUGGCCGCAAUGCUCAUCUUGCCGUCGUCGCCAAAUACAACGACGACUUGGCUACCUUUACCCCAAACCUCAUCGCCUGGACAGCUGCUGACACCCGCGCCGCGCCUGCACCGUUCUCCUCGGUGCUCUCCCUGACUCCCUUAUGCGCCGCUUCUAGGCUCGGGAAUUCCGUGCCUCGAUCAUUUGGGCCGAACUCCAUGCCAUACUAUGAAUCACGCCUUCACGCCUUUACCGAAGCCAAUCCCAUGGCCGAUCUCGCCUCCGUUGAGCAGUGGAUCAUAGACACCGAAGUCAAACUUCGCACCCCCAUUGUCAACCUCGCCUCCUCCCAACCCUCCUCCUCCUCCCUCAACGCUACCCAGCCCCGCAAGCAGGCUCGGAACAACGGCAAAGGGGGAGGUGGGGGCAAGGGAGGUGGCGGUCAGGGCAACGGCAGCACAAACAGCCGUGGCGGCGCCACUGGGGAUGAGCAUGGCACCACUAAUUCGGGCGGAGCCUCUGCAGGCCGCGGAAGUCGUCCUGGCACUCUUCCGCCCUGCACCUAUGUCCGUCGCUAUGGUCCCCGGGCUGGAACACCCUGCGGGCAGACAAACCAUCCCCCUAGCACUUGCUUCAAGGCUCUCGAUGAUGCCUGGUACGUGCGGGGCAAUGUUGGCACUCCUCCCAAGUGGGGAACGAUCUCCCCACGUCCCUCCCUUGCCGACAUCCAAACCAACCCCGCUUACCUCCCUGCCCACCUCCGCCUCCUUGUUCCCCCCACACCGCUCCUCAAUCUCCAACAGCAGCACCUCCUGCAGCAGCACCAGCAGCAGCAGCAACAGUAG